UGUGUAGUGAAUAUAUGCAUUGAUUUCCGAAUCGUGCAGUUACCAUAUUCAAAGCAUGUUUUGAUGAAAAGGAAAAAUGCUAAUGAGUUGAGAACAUACAAUAAAAAUCACAGUAUAACAAACAGUGAAGAUAGUUAAAAAGGGAUAUUUUUGGAAAGUAGUGGGAGUUUUGGUCUUAAACAUGCAGAAAUAGUCUAUAAUCAAUGGCGUAUCAUAUGUAAAUAUAUACCUUGACAACUGACCGGAUUAAAAUGAUAGUGGUUAAUCGUGUUGACGUGUUCAAGUGAUGUUUCGUUUUUCAAUGUGUCAAUCCGUGAAAGAUUGAUGUAUACCGUGCCCUGUCAUUUAAGAGUAAAACAAAGCGAUAUUAAGUGCCAAGUUUUCAAAGCAAAUAGAUUCUAAAGUGUUUAAUCACACAAUGGAAUCUGUAGACAAGUAUUUAUAUAUGUAGCCAUGAACAAUUAUGGACUGAAUGAUAUGGUUGGUCAAUAAAAUUUGCUUGUUUAUAGUUGUUAAAGAUAUACUUCGGACCCUAAAAAAGGAUAAUACUUGGACAGAGUAGAAUAAUUACUUUUCGCCAUUGUUUAGUGCAAAAUCAUUUGUCAAGAAAAAUCAUGGACCUAACUGUGCUUUCAUACAUAUUAUGUGCAUGAUAAUGCUGAAUACUUUAAUAUAAAUUUGUUUUGAUUCACUUGCACAGAAUUGAAUUGUGGGACAUUUGCAUGUUCGGAUUGAAUGGUGUCACUGGUGAAUUGAAUUACUAUGAAAAGUUUGUGGAGAUAAACAAUGCAUAACAAUAAAAAUGGUCAAAAAAGAAAAUCUGUUAGGUUUAGUGAAGGUGAAGAGAAGGUGCUUCGUAGUCCCAGUCGUCUAGGUUACAGCGAGGAUAUUCCCCCGAUUGUGAUCGAAGGAUCGUGGGAAAACACUUCACAAGACUCAAAUAGAGACGACUUUCAGUUCCUUGAUUUACGUGAUGUUACAACUGAACCAUUAGAGCCCAACUCAACCAGGCUUACUCCACAGGCCGCCACUGAUACUGAAGACUUUGGUCAGCAGACUGACUUCCCUCCAACACCAUCCACACCCAACUUUCCUCCACACGUGAAAGCUGGAUCCCAUAGCAAACAUUUUGUCUCUUCUCGGAAAUUUUUGAAUGAGAAGGGAAAUUCAGCAAGGCAUCCUUAUGAAAAAACUGUGUUCUUUGUAAAAUCUGUUGAAAACGCACAAUCUAAACCUGCAGAUCGUGAAAGUGUAAAGGUCUCGUAUGUUAAUGGUGCUCCGAUUUCAUCAACUUCACCUGUUCAGUCUAAAGUCGUGACAAGUCCUACGAGUAGAAUUGAUUCUGGCUACGGAAGUCGGCAGGAAACAAUUCGAAUCUGUGAAUCGCCGCAUAAAUCACCACCAAGCACUACCAUAGAAACGACAAGAAAUACGAGCCCAGAAUCGAAUGUGCGACUAGAUUCUGCACAUACAGUUUCGGAACAAUCCAAAAAUUUUACUCACAGACCAAAAUCUGGUCGACCUUAUGAUACAUACAGACCAGUAACAGCUCCUACAACGGACAGAAAUCCUGAGAAAACACAAAAGCCAUCAAACAUGAGUUACUACACAACAGAAGUUAUCUCUCCUUUGUCAUCAGCAAGGCGACAGGAGAAAGCAGAUCUCCAGCUGCUCAAUGAUAGGUUUGCAUCAUACGUGCAGAAAGUUCGUCUUCUGAGCGAGAAGAACAGUCAGAUGGACAGCUCGUUCAUUGUGAAGCAGACACGCAUUCUCGAGGAAGAAGUGUCAAAUCUGAAAAUUCUGUAUGAACGAGAGCUAGACGCUAUCAGACAAGAGUUAAGUGCGGUGAGCAGGGAAAAGAAUAACUAUCAGCUACAGUGUGAAAAGAAUAAACAUGCCGCCAUUGACUUUGAAAGCAGACUGGCUGCAGAGGCGGACAAAACUCGGCGAUUGAUUGACGAUUUGAACCAAUCACAGCGGCAGGCUCAGGGUCUGGAGGCGGAGCUUAUGCAGCUGAAACAACUCGGGGACGGGCGGGUGGACUUCCAUCACCUGCAGCGGGAAAUGGAUAAACUCAUACGGGAAAACGAGGAUCAUAAACAUAGACAAGGGCAGGAAGCUUUACUACGCAAGGAAGCUGAGGACAAGUGUCACACGCUGGUUAAAAAGAUUGAAUUCAACGAACAAGUUCACACUCAGGAAAUGGCUGAAAUGCGCGAGAGGCUAGAGCAGAGCCAAGCAACGAUUAUCAGUCUAGAAUCGAGAAUCAACCAGUCGACAAAAAACGAUUUGGCGAUUCCUGAUGUUAUGAAACAAGUACGGGAACAGGCAGAAAUCGAGUUUAAACGUUACCAGAUGGAGUCUGAGGAGACCUAUAGUAGAAAUAUAUCAGCGUUGAAAUGCCAGAUGGACAACGAUGCUCAUACAAUUGAACGGAUGGGACGGGAUAAAUCACAGCUCCAGGGACAGGUUGGGGAACUACAGGCUAAGAUUAGGAACCUUGAGGGACAGAUAAUGACCUUAGAGCACCAGCGAUCCACUGUAGAAGGUCUCAUAACAGCUGAGCGGACCCGCGCCACGGAGCAGCUACGUGAAAUGGAGGCUAAACUCAGGGACAUGCAGGAGCUUGUCUUCACAAAAAUGCGUGAGGCAAACUCAGAGCGCGAUCUUCACCUUCCUCUCAAGGCUGAGAUUGAGGCAAUGAAGAUUUUGAUGGAGGAGGAGGAAAAAAGACUGCAGAAUAUAUCAAUUACCAAACUACAGCUGCCGUUACCAGUAUCCAUUGGUGAGACACAAGCCCCGACAUACGCUGCCUCCGUUCCUCUCUCCCUUCCUGCUGUUUCCUCGGUAACGCACGUCAGCCAAGCCCCCGUGGACACCCAGCCAUUAUACCCUUCUUCAGGGAUGGGGGAAUACGUCACACAAGCAGGAGGGGCAUACUCUUCUCAAGCAGGAGGGAUGUACACUUCCCAAAUGGGUGGGUCAUACAGUACCCAAGGGGGUGGGGAGUAUAUGACCCAGGGUGGAAACGAGGUGUACAUGGGAACUUCAGAUGGUGUCUACACGCAACAGGAGACAAUACCCAACACCGAGCCGCUGUUCACACAUGUACCAUUUCCACCUGAUCAAAGCUCCACAGACUAUAUGGGCUCAACACGGUACACGUACGAGGCUACACCGAGUGUCAACCGGCUGCAGAUUGAGUCGCCACCGCGUACAUCACCACGCGCCAUCGGACCAAUAUCUCGGGCAAAAUCCGCACCAGUGCGGCCUGGCAGCCAAGUGCAAGUAGUCCCGACUAACUUGGGUCAGGGUAAGGACUACUUUGAUGAGAUGUUUAGGGACCUUACCCGGGAGACCUUGUACACACAGAUGCGCCCGAAGAGUUCCCCCAUUGAGCGCCCGCCAAGUGGGACCCGGGAACGCCCUCCAAGCGCCUCACGAGAACGACCUGGUAGUUCAAGGACAUUUAAUGCUACUGAAAGAUCAGAGACAGAAGUACAGCAGCACCAGGCCCCUCCAAGCCCCGAACCCGAGCGCCCACAGAGCCGUACAUCAGAGCGAGUAGAUGCCCCUGCCCGGGCCCGAUCAUCGGAGAGACCGCAUAGCUCAGUGUUCCAUGACUACACAACAUCGACAUCCAGUGCGACCGGGGAAGUGAAAAUCCUGGAGGUGAACCAGGAAGGGAAGUUUGUCCGCCUCUUCAACGAUGGCAAACAGGAAGUUGAAUUUGGUGGCUUCAUGAUCCAACAAAAUGUUGGCGGCCAUCCUGUUGCCGUUUACCGUUUUCCACCAAGGACGAAAUUCCCAGCUGAAUCCACAAUGACAGUUUGGUCUGGCUCCCAGGAUCCUGUUGAGCAUCAGCCCCCAAAGGAUUUUGUGUGGCGGGAACAACACAAAUGGGGAACCGGCCCUGAGUGUACCACCAUACUGUGUAAACCAAAUGGACAGGCAAUAGCAUGGAUGACGGCCGCCCACAGAUUCACCAAAAACGCGUAUGAAGACAGCGGAAAGGGGACACCUACUGAGGAGGUGCAAAUUUAUGAGACGGCCCCUACUCCAGGCGGUCAGGAGAUGCUCACAGAGAUGAACGUAAACUUGAACGAACCUAAACCUGAACCUGUCUACCUUAGAAGAGAAAAGCAGACCCCACCAUCCCUAGUUGCCCAAAAGCACCCUCACGGUACGUCAACGGGGAAGGAGACCCAUCCGCAGACUGGCCAGCCCCGCCCCUUUACCUACGGAAAUGAUAACAGCAGUGUUAACAGGCAGUCACGUGUACAAUCCACACGGCCGGACCCUGUACCUGGCCAGCCAUACGCUGGUGGGUCAGGGAACCGUAUCGGAAGUGCGCCGCUUAGAAAAUACAAGUCCGCUACAACAACGGCAGGAAAUAUACGUGGAAGUGGAGCGAUAGCUAAUCGCAGUGAGCCGGGGAUGACUUCUACACCACCAAAUCCGUUCCAGACGCCCAAAAAUCGUUUUGAGUCGGGCCUUAACCAGGUUCAGUCUCAACAUCAUGUGCAUUUUAACCCCCCUAUGCCUCGACCUCCCCUCUUUUCCACAUGGUAACCAUGGCAACAAGAUGUAGUAUGACCUUUCUGUGAAAUGGGGUCAAGGACAUUUAAAUAAUUUCUAUUUAUAGGAGAGUGUGAUAGUUGAAAAAUUGUGAUACUUCCAUAUAAUAUUGAAGGAUCAGUUUCAAUGACUGCCUUAAAGUAUUGUUUUUAUGUAAUGUUUUACAAAUCCAAUAAAAAUUGUUUUAAAUAGUUUAUGAAUAUAAACAGUAUUUUGUUAUAUUUUUCCUUAUCUUCUUCAAAUGUACUUAUUUAUGAAUUAUUCAUUGUUAAAGUACAUGUAUCUGUAAACAUGCAGGGACUGUUGAAAUAAUUUGUUGAAAUUGAUUGAUUGCACUAUUUGUGAUUGAUUUUAGUAAAUGUUAUUCGGAUACUGCCAUGGUUAUUAGGUGUAUUUUGAAUACACAUGCUACAUAUAUGUACACAGUGCGUUUCUAUGUACUACAGAUUUUGCUGAAUGCUUGUUAAAGAUUAUUAGGGUUACAUUAUACUAUUAAAAUCAAAUGUUGCGAGCUGUGAUAUCCAUAUUAAUCCAUCCAUUUCUGCGUAUUAUGCUUUACUUACAUAUAGACUUAGGAUUGUAUAAGCUACUUUUAUUAUUUUUGUUAAUCUUUUUUAAUGCAAGUAAUGCAUUUUGUUGAAUAAUAGUGUUUGAUACAUUUGUUUUAUUUGAUCAUUGUUUUAAGUUUUCACUUUUAGUUUCUGUUUUAAGAUUUAAUUUUAGUUAGAAUUAAAUGCUUUUAUUGAUUGGCUGUGAUUUUUGCAUGUUGCUACUUAAAGUUAUGUUUUGUAUAAACAUAUGUAGGAAGCAUUUUAUGAUUUGUUUUUUCGUAAAUGUAUGUAAUAAGCUUAACUAUUGUAUAGUCUUAGGGCUUAAGGAAAUUUCUAAUAUCAUCCUCACUUCAAUAGCUCAGAUUCUAAAAUGAUCAUUCAUUAUUUAUUUUUGUAGGUGAGAAAUACAUAUAAUGUCCUUUAUAUAGGUGACAGUUACAUAAACUGACUUCAAACAUUCAUCAAAUGAUUCCAUGUUUCGAUCAAUGUAGAAUUAUACGUCUUGUUAUUGGUUUGAAGAUUUGGCUAUCCAACAGAAAUAGAUCAAAUUGAAAGCAUUUGUUUACUUGGCAUAUAGUAGAUUAAACUGCACAGAAGCAUUUCAAUAAACUUCUAUACAAAAGA